CGUCACCGGCAGGAUCAGCUGAAGAGAGGGCAGCCGUGAUCGCUUACCCCUUCGUACCUUACAGAAGUUUAAUUUUCAUUUGUUCAGGGCACAGUUUCAUCCUGGAGGCAGUCUGCUCUGUGCCCCCUAUUAGGGUGGCAGAUAAUGUUGGUUAUCUGGAGGAGGGUUACACCGGUUACCAGCCGUGCUCUGCCAGCAGGAGGUUAAAGGAACAAGGAGAGGAGAUGUGGCGUCGAGGUACCAGAGGACCCAGUGCUUAUAUCCCUGUAUCACAGAUAACUGGUCCAUAUGUUGGUGACAAUAUUGCAGCAGUUAUGGGUCUGCAUCCUGAUUAUCUGCAUGUUUUCUGGAAGACACAGCAUCAGCUGCUGCGUAUGGACGGAGCUCUUUCCCUUCCAGAGAGACACUAUGUGGCAAUAAUGGCCUCUGCUCGACAUCAGUGCACCUAUCUUGUGUCUCUUCACUCGUCCUGCUUUCUGCAAGUUGGAGGGGAUCCCCGUUGGCUAGAAGGAUUUGAUGCUGCCCCUCUGAAACUGCGCAAACUUAAUGACCUGAAUAAGAUCCUUGCUCACAGGCCAUGGUUGAUAAACAAGGAACAUAUUGAGAUUCUUCUGAGCUCACAGGGGGGCCACUCUUGGUCUCUUGCAGAGCUAAUCCAUGCUUUGCUGCUGCUUACUCAUUUUCAUGCACUUUCUUCUUUUAUCUUGGGCUGUGGAAUUUACCUUUCGGAGGAUAAUAAUGCUGUUCCACGCCCUCCCUCUCCAGACAUCCCUCUUAAUGAGGGCUGCAGCAAAUUGCAAGAGGCAGAGAGAGUCCUUGCUGAGAUAAAGAAACUGGAUGAGGAAGGAGAAGAGACCAGCCAAGAAGAAAUGGAAACCAGGUUCGAGAGGGAGAAGAGAGAAUGUGCAAUGGUUCCAACCAAUGGUGAUAACAGUAAGGCAGUCUGCUUUCCUGGCAUCCUGCACUUUCUGGAAGAUCCAGGUUUUGGCUACAUUGAUUUUACUCGUCGGGGUGAGCAGGCUCCACCUACAUUCCGUGCUCAUGAUUACACAUGGGAAGAUCAUGGUUACUCGCUUCUACAGAGAUUAAAUCCAGAAGUUGGACAGCUGCUGGAUGAUAAAUUCCAAGUGGCCUUCAAUCUAACUUACCACACUUGUGCCACUCAUAGUGGUGUGGACACAUCCAAAUUAAGACGUGCAAUAUGGAACUAUAUACAGUGCAUUUAUGGAAUAAGGUACGAUGACUAUGAUUAUGGAGAGGUGAACCAACUGCUUGAGAGGAGUCUGAAAGUUUAUAUGAAGACGGUCACAUGUCACCCAGAGCGGGUGACCCGACUGCUAUAUAAUGACUUUUGGAGGCAGUUUAAACAUUCAGAAAAGGUUCACUUGAACUUUCUUCUGUUAGAAGCUCGACUGCAGGCUGCUUUGUUGUACUGUCUCAGAGCCAUCACACGCUUUAUGACGUGAGCUUCUAAGUGAUAUUGCGGACAUAUUAAGCAAGCAAUUGGUAAAUGGCCUUAGGACCAGAACUAUCCAAUAAUUGCGGUCUCCAAAGCUUAUUUGCACUAACUUGGCAAAGCAGUCUUCACUUAUGAGAAGAGAGCUUCUUAGUCUGCUUUAAGUGGAGGGAUUCCCUCAUUUUCUCCAUGUCUAAAUGUAGCAAGCUUUGACAUUUUGCAGGAAAGUCCUCACACUCCCUUGUGUUCACUAAGGAACUGUGGCCACUAAAUGCACUGUUCACUAAAUUGCUAUACCUUUUGGAAUGUUGUGCAUUGUUUACAUUUGGAAUGAUAUGUUAAACAUACAUGGUAUGAUAUGUUAAACAUACAUUGGCACUCAGCAAUGCAUACUUCUACACUACUUUAUGCAGCAUUGAAGAUGCAAUAAUUACUUUAAACUGCUACACUGAAGCAUUAUCAGCACUAACUCCCUCAGUGUGGUCCAGUGCCUUUAAUUUAGUCUCUUAAAGGAACAGUAACACAAAAAAAUAAGUAAUGAAAAUAUAAUGUCCUGUUGCUCUGCUUCAGCAACAGUACUUUAGUUUAUAUAAACUUAUAUAAACAAGCUGCUGCGUAGCCAUGUGGGCAGCCAUUCAAAGCUGAAAAAAGACAAAAGGCACAGGAUACUCCACAGAUGAUACCAAAAUGCUCUAUAGUAUACAAUGGGAUUCUUCAGAACUUAUGUUAUCUACUGUAUAUCCUGUGCUUGAAUGGUUGAAUGGCUGCCCCCAUGGUUGCACAGCAGCUUGUUUAUAUAAACUAUAGUUGUGUUUCUGAAGCAAACACACCUGUUUUACCAGUUCAGGACAAAAGUACAUAACAUUAUCAUUCCUUUAAAACACUUCAUUUUUUGGUGUUACUGUUCUUUUAAAAAGAAAUUGUGUCUACACAGGGUGCUGCUUUAAAUAAUAGCACCAUUUUAUUCCAAAAUCGUAAACCCUUUCACUUCUUAAAAAGUGUAUAUCUAUAUCUAUAUAUAUAUCUAUAUAUAUAUAUAUAUAUAUAUAUAUAUAUAUAUAUAUAUAUAUAUAUUAUUUCUACUUGAGGCUAUUCGGGCUCCUGGAAGAUUUGGGAAUGAGCACAUCAAAAGCUAGAAGGCCACACGUUGGACUGCAGUAUUUCAACAGCAAAUCUUUGUACACUCCCCUCCCCAGUAGUCUACCUCUUUCAAGGCACCUUUUUAACCACAGUGAGUUUUAGACUGUGAAGAACAUUUUCUCAGGUUACUGCUCUUGUUGAAUGUUUGUCUUGCAGGAUUAGCAGAUGGGUUUAUCCAACCCCUAUAAGUUAUUUUUUGCAUGUUUGUUUUCUUUCACAAAUGUUGUUGAAACAAUAUAUUUUGCCGUUUGUUAAACCUUGUGAAAUAAAGAUUUUGGUUAUACAUAUGGUGAACUGGUUUGAGCUUAAAACACUUCAACUUAAAGGGGACCUGUCACCCUAAUUCUUUACUGUCAUGUUAGUCGAGCAAAAUAAACUUUAUUUAUAUUUAUUUCAA